AUGACAGAGUUCUGUGUGCAACACCAAAUUUCCUCAGUGAGACAGAUCUUCAGAAGGCUGUUUCUAGGGGAGAACUAAACCCAAUAAAAGUCCCUAGGUGAUCGACUUCAUUUCUGUUGGUCACCUUUUUCUACACUCCCUAGAACACUGGAAAAUAUGGAUGGGGCAAACCUGAGCCAAGUGAAUGAGUUUGAGCUCCUGGGCCUCACCAGUGACCCCCAGCUCCAGACACUGCUCUUUGUGGCAUUCCUAGGCAUAUACACCAUCACUCUGCUGGGGAAUAUGGUCAUGUUCUUCCUGAUCCAUGUGAGUGCCACCCUGCACACUCCCAUGUACUCCCUCUUGAAGAGUCUCUCUUUCUUGGAUUUCUGCUACUCCUCGACAGUUGUCCCCCAGACACUGGUGAACUUCUUAGCCAAGAGGAAGGUGAUAUCCUACCUUGGCUGCAUGGCUCAAAUGUUCUUCUAUGCAGGCUUCGCCACAAGUGAGUGCUAUCUUAUUGCUGCUAUGGCCUAUGACCGCUAUGCUGCUAUUUGCAACCCCCUGCUCUAUCCAAUCACCAUGUCUCCUAAGGUCUGUGCCUCUCUGAUUAUGGGCUCCUACAGUGCAGGAUUUCUCAAUUCUUUUAUCCAUACAAGCUGCAUCUUCAGCCUAAAAUUCUGUGGUGCUCAUACGGUCACUCACUUCUUUUGUGAUGGACCACCCAUCCUGUCCCUGUCUUGUGUGGACACCUCCCUGUGUGAGAUCCUACUCUUCAUUUUUGCUGGUUUCAACCUUUUGAGCUGUACUCUCACCAUCUUGAUCUCCUACCUAUUCAUCCUCAUCACCAUCCUGAGGAUGAAUUCAGCCCAGGGCAGAUUCAAGGCAUUUUCUACCUGUGCCUCCCACCUCAUUGCUGUCUGCCUCUUCUUUGGCACAACACUUUUUAUGUACCUGCGCCCCACAUCCAGCUACUCCAUGACACAAGACCGCACAGUUGCUGUGAUCUACACAGUGGUGAUCCCAAUGCUGAACCCCCUGAUCUACUCUUUGAGAAACAAGGAUGUGAAGGAAGCUUUAAGAAAAGUUUUGGGCAGGGGAACAAUGGGAUGA